AUGAGCACGAACACUACACCUGUAAAACCUGCAAAAGCACCACCGGAGGAGCAAAUGCACCUCCCCGUAUUACCGCCACCGGCCGAUGUGUGCAACGCCGAAGUUGGUGCUACUUGUUCAUUUUUCCCCCAAUUUAGUCGACUUUGUCAGAUUCCUGUGUCUCCACAACUUCAGUAUCAGCAAGUGCAUCCGUUAGCGAAUAACACCCCGAUGAUGACCAACGCAAGUGAUCCUACGGUAUCGCCUGUGAGAAAUAAGGGCGAUUUGCUGAGAUAUGAGUUGGCGAAAGAAAAACAGAUUUUGAGGGUUCCAGAAUAUUCUGAUUAUGCAUGGAAACGUCUCGAACAGGAGAAACUCGAACAAUAUGCCAUCAAUAAGAACUACGAGUGUGAACCGGAUCUUCAUGUUGAUGCCAACACAACAUUAGAGAUGGAGAACAACUUGGUGAGUAAAGGGCAUAUUUUUAUAGUAAUUUGUUGCAGUAUUAGGGCGGAUAAUAUUCAUGGGACCAAAUUGAAUAAUUAUUCAACCAUUCGAAUUAAACACUCGACCAUCAUUCGGAAAUUUGAGUACUCAAAAUCCGAAAUUUUGAAUGAAUGGAAAAUUGGAAUAAUCGAGAAUCCCAAUUUUCGAAUCGUUUGUUCAAUAUUCGAGACCUUUAAUUUUCAAUUAUUUGAAAAUUUGUAUAUUCGAUGGGCUAUCGAAUACUCGAAUAUUCGAACAAAUCAUAUUCUCACGUUCAAACAUGAUAUUUGAUG